AUGAAGGAUUAUCACUACGACAGGAUUGCUAUUCAUUAUUUUGUGGAAUUAUCAGUACCUAAUCAGUGUCUGAGAAAUACUUCUAGUCUUAAAUUUGGCGUGAUUUUUGCUGGACCUAAUACAGUGAGACAUUUGUCAUCCCGGAAUUUCCAAGAUUCUGUUUGUUUCAGGAUGCCUUCCGCAGCGCCCCCAGCAGAAAAUGGCGCGCCGCGCAGCGAGCUUGAGCAAUUGCAAUUACGAGCCGGUCAAGUCACCGAUGAAUCCCUGGAGUCGACCCGGCGUAUGAUGCAACUAUGCGAAGAGAGCAAGGAGGCCGGCAUACGUACUCUGGUCGCUCUAGACGACCAGGGAGAACAACUGGACAGAAUCGAGGAAGGUAUGGAUCAAAUUAACGCUGAUAUGCGUGAGGCUGAGAAGAAUCUCUCAGGGAUGGAGAAAUGCUGUGGCAUAUGCGUUCUACCUUGCAACAAGGGGGCGUCAUUCAAGGAAGAUGAUGGUACAUGGAAGGGAAAUGAUGAUGGAAAAGUGGUGAACAAUCAACCACAGCGCGUUAUGGACGAACGGAACGGCAUCGGACCACAAGCUGGGUAUAUUGGCAGGAUAACAAACGACGCUCGUGAGGAUGAAAUGGAAGAGAACAUGGGUCAAGUGAACACCAUGAUCGGUAAUUUACGUAACAUGGCCAUAGACAUGGGCUCGGAACUGGAGAACCAGAAUAGGCAGAUCGAUCGUAUCAACCGCAAGGGCGAAUCGAACGAAACGAGGAUAACGCUCGCCAACCAGCGCGCACACGAGCUCCUCAAGUAA